UGUUUCACAGCAAGAAAUCCUUCUCUAAGGUUUCGCCCUCGUCAUCUUCCUCGGUAUUCCCUUCUCGAACUUCCUCAAAUGACUGCAGAAUCAAGCCAAACCCAACCCUCUUACGAAUCUGGCGAAGGAAUCGCCACUCUGCGUCGUCUACUCAAUGGGCUGCAUCGCCCUCGGGCAGGUCUGCAUUCCGAGCUUUUCUUUGAGGUGCAUGGGGUACAAUCAUUGGGUCCCGCCUGGAUUUCUCGGGUCCCUUCAGUGGUGGAAAGCAACAUGCCUAGAGAUAACUGGUUUUCCCCAAAUCCCUACUCGGCUAGGUCGGGCAUCUCUUCCUCCAAAUGGUCAUCAUAUCGUCGAGGCUUUCCUCUGAUGAACGAUCCUGCCUGGGCUCAAUGGAUUGAUGAUUUAGAGCCUACUUUUAAGAGGAAAUGGAUGAAUAAUGGUAUUUAUGAGUUAAUCAUGCUUUCGAAGACCUCUAUUCUUCCUAAGCCCGAACUGCUUGUUUCUGCCCUCCUUUUCUGGAAUUCGGGCACGAAUACUUUUGACUUCCGUAUGGGCCCCAUGUCUCCCACCAUUCUUGACAUGGCUUAGGUUUUCGGCUUAAGGCCCUCGGGCAGGAUAGUGGACGUUACUCAAGACUGGGUUCCAUCCUCUACCACUGGAAGCUCAAGUUCAUCGGCUGCCUUCCUCUCUUUGAACUAUAACUCUUCAACUUUCAAGAGUUAUGGGACCUCCUUCAAAGGAUUCAUCCCCUUCGUAAAGGAGAAUUUUGGGGUGGGCUCACCUCGGGUUGAUAAAGAUCAGGAGCACAUGUAUUUCCUCUUAUACUGGCUCAACAAGUAGAAGCUCUUCACAACUUUGAUGACGUAGCUACAAGUCCAUUCCUCCUUUCCCAUCUUUAUCAUCUUCUUUUCGAAAUGACUCAAGGCGAGCCAUUUGAGACCAAUUUGAAUGGACCUAUAUGGAUGAUACAAACUUGGCUUCAAUGGUACUUUCCGGAAUUUCGGGCUGCUAAUCUGGAGUUCCCGGAGGGUGUGGCCCCUGCCCGAAUCCUGGCUGAAGCUGCCCCUAUAGAUCAUUCUACCUUUGCCUGCUUCUAUUUCUUCAGAGUUUGUAGGACUCGAUCAGAUUUAGAAUGGGGUGCGUCGGUCUUGAGAAGAUAUCCUUGGUUUUCUGACCAAGUCUUUCAAGAUGCCCCUGGCGAGGAUGCUACCCCCUUUUGCAGGGAGAAAUUUAUUAGUUGCAUUCAACCGAGAGACCUGGCCUGGGGAGUUCGGGGCAAUAGAUAUGACCGAGGCUUGGAAGUGUACCAUCCUAACUUCUGGAGCAGGCAGUUAGGAUUUAGACAGGCCAUUCCUGUCCCGUUCUUCGACUCUGUCCAUUGUGGUACUUCAUUCCGGUUACCAACUCCAUCUGAAGUGACAUUUCGAGCUGCCCGACGCAGUCUUGACGUAAUGAGUCAAGCGGCCUGAAAGUCCAUCAUUCUCAAUUUUGAGUGCACCUCGCUCUUCUCUUCUUGGUGGGAAGACAAAUGGACUAAGAAGUAUGGAGGAGAUUUGAAAGAGACUCACGAUCGCCUUUUCAACCAACUUUCACUUAAGUCAUACCCUGGCUCGGGCGAACUUGAAAAUUGGAAGGAGAUGAUCCAAGAGAAGAAUCGGUCACUUCUGAUAGGUACUUCUCUUUCAAUCUGAUUUUGCUUCCUUUCUGGAGUCCUUCUAUCCUUACUUUUGCUUAAUUCUGCAGCUCCAGUGGAUGUUGAAUCGGAAGUCAUUGAAUCCGAGGAUGACUCUGUUGAUGCUGCAAUUCUUCAUGGAGCUGCCGCAGAGGCUGGGAGACGAGAAGCUGGGGAGGGUGCAGAUGUUUCAGAAUCCUUUGGGGAUUUAGGAGCUGAAGAAACACCCGAGGUACUUAUUAAAGCACCUAAGCGAAAGAAAGCGGCUGUGAUUAAGCCUUCAGAUCCUCAUCCCGUACCUCUACCCAAAACCACACGACCAACUCUUACUAGAAAAAGUAAGAGAGCAAGAACUACCGCUCCUCCUAAGUCAUCAGCCCCAUCUGCUCUAGUUCCUGAGGCAGGCAGAAAGAAGCAACAAUCCUCAAGUGAGUUUCUGUUUUUCUUCAUCAAACUGUUACCUUUCUCCUUUAUCUAAUUGUCUCCUUUACCGGCGAAUCAAGACUCCAAGCAUCUAAAAGACCAAUCCUUGCUUCUAAGGAGGAACCACUGAGAGCUGCAAUGCUCAAAAAGGCCGAAGAACUGCAAAAUACUGCCCUCAGAGAACUUGAGGCCGUAAGAAAGGAAAAGCUCUCUCCGCCCGAAGCCUCUCCACAAUUUGCCCGAGAGACAAGCCUAUCUCCCUCCCAGGCUGGAGCAUCUGCUUCCUUGCCUUGUUAUGGCCCUCCUCUGAGGUCUAUGACUUCUUCUACUGCUCUGGACGCAACCCCUUCUUCUCAAUUCGAUCCGUCUACAGGAGUUAUGUUGCACUUCGUGGAUGAGGACAGUAACUUGCCUUCUCCGGUAUAUGAGCCACCUCCUACAAUAGUGGUUUCAGAUAAUGAACCCAUAGUCCCUGAGAUCCCUGUAGCCUCAGAGGUAGCAAUUUCGCGGGUAUUUGCUUGCCCGACAGUUGAUAAACCUCUUUCUCCUCUUCAAGACCAAACUCAGGGCACUGGUACAGGUUCAGGUGCAGCUCAUCACUCUCCUGCUGGUGGUGAGGAAUUUUCCCGCCAACCAGGAAUUAGUCCUCUUCCUGGUGAAACCCCGGGGCUGAGUCAGCAAGCUCCAAGAGAAACUUCCCUUCCCCAUUUGGUCUGUAAAUCAAAGUGCUCCCAUCCUCACUCAUCCUCUGGAGGUACUGUGAUUCCCCCUUCUGGAAUUGAGCAGAUCGGGCAGGCAGAAAUUGCCCCCUCAAUGGGCAUUCCUCCAUUAGAGAAAGCUGCAGUGCAGGAUCCUCCUCCUUCCGCAUCUCCAAACCCUGCUAAGAUGCCCAGACUUUUUGAAGCACUUGGACGGCUUGAGACACGGUUGAAAUCUUCAAAACAUUCUUCAACCACCCCCAUUUCUUCAGAGCAACAGCGAGUCCUUCAGGAAUGGGCAAAGAAGGAUUUCACCGCUUCAUUCAACCUCAAGGCUCUUUGUGAUUUUGAAAAGAUCAUAACCGAGUCUUUCAAAGCCGGUCGGCUAUCAAAACCUCAACAUGAUUCUUUUCUAUCUUUCUUUGAGAACCUGAGAGCCCUUAGGGAACAAUACCAGAGAGCGGACAGACAGGCUAAUCGGGCAAAAUGCUUCAUGGAGAAAGAAUCAAGCACCUCUGCCCAAGUUGAUCGGUUGAUGGAAGAAAGCUUGCAGACAAAAGAAAGGGUCAGAGUUGUUACUUCUAAAAUCCAACAGCUGGAGGAGCAAUUGGUUGCUCUUAAAGCAGAACAAGCAACUCUUCUAGAUACCCUUGAAAAUCAAAUUGAGGGAGUGGAGAAGUCAAAUUCGGAGCUAGAGCGUGCCCGGUCUCAACUUGUAAAUAACCAUACUGUUUUGGCCGAACCCAGUAGGAUAUUUGCCAUUAUGAAAACAUAUCAUUCUCGAAUAAUCACCCUAUGUGAAGAUGUAAAUUUUUUAGAAUAGGAUGAUUUGUAACUCUUUUCUUAUUGGAAUGAAUAUGUAAUUUGCUUUCUGCUCUGCUCUUUGGUACUGUUUUGAAUUGACUUUGGGCAGCUCUUUGCCCCCCUUAUUUACUUUCUUCUUCUUCCCCUGAUAACACCAAUCUUAGGACCUGAUCUUGGUCCCUUGAUCCCCUUCAUGGCACUUUAUUCAUGCAGAGGUGUUGGGACAACCUGGGCCCUUUUCUUUCCUUGCAGUACCAAAUGGUGACCCUGGCUCUUGUAAAAUGAGGUUGAUCAUAUUGAUAGGAGCCUCAGGGAAAGGGUUAGUAUCUACCAUCAUACUGGCUUGGGGCGAGUCAAGUAACAGCUUCCCCUUCACUAUAAGAUCUUGUAUCCAAUCUCUAAACUGGACACAAUUAACUAUGGAAUGGUUGAAGGUAUAGUGCACCUUACAAUACUUUUUCCCCCUGAGUUCUUCCGGCUUGGGCAUUUUUUUGGCAUUGUCGGGCAAGAUUACUCUUGCCCGUACCAGUUCUUCAUAGAUCUCAGGUGCCUUGGAUAGAUCGAACGAAUAACUCUGGUACUUGGGUGGUUUUAUGGGGACAAAACCACCAUCGUUCAUUACAACCUUCUGAUCCUUGACAGGUUGGACUAGCCCCUUUACCGUCAAUGGCUUGAAAGGUGUGGUCAUCUCAGCGGCACACACGUCCAUGUCCUAUUCAUCACGGCCACCCUCAUGCUCUGGCCUGGUUUCUCCCACUUCCACACGAUGAAUUGCAGCCUUAUUUUUGUAGAAAGGAGGAACUUUGGAAGUGUGCUUCACUUGUUGCUCUUCUUGCAACAGCCUCUCAUACUUCGUGGCAGCAAUUACCAAUUCUUGCAGCUCAUUAAACUGUGCAUCAUAAAAUCUUUUCCUCAAAGGUAAUUUCAAAGCCCUUUGAGCAAUCGAUAUGAGCUGCGCUUGGUUGACGGGAAAUUGGCAUCUCAUCCUUAUUCUCCUGAACCUCAUCAUGAAGUCCUCAGUAGACUCAUGAUCAUAUUGUUUGACUUCAACAAGGUCAUUGAUAGUCAAUUCUGGCUUUAUUCUGUAGAACUGUUCAUGGAAAGCCAUCUCCAUUUGCCCCCAGUUGGCGAUAGAGUUAGGGGGCAAUAGAGAGUACCACUGAGAUGCUAACCCUGCCAAUGAAUUCCCAAACAACCUCAAUUUGUAAUUUGGGUUGUCCUCAUAUGCCGCACAAUGAUUGGAGAAUUUGAAAAUGUGGUCCCUGGAGGACACACUGCUGUCUUCACCCGUGAAUGUUAGGAAUGCGGCCAUCUUGAAGUUGAGAGGGAAUGGAUUUAGCUCGUCAAUAUAUUCAGGAUAAGGUUUUUGGAAAGUGAUCCUGAACACGGGGCGAGCUCGCGGUUGAGCAUUUUGAGCAACCGUCCUUCUCAACUCAGCUAAUUCCUCCCUCAGUUGCUGAGUAGCUAGAAUAUCAUUAUGCCCGAGGAGAGUAGAUUCGAUUUUUGGGCUCUGGUCGUUGCCCGCACUUGCUUCCCUCCUUGGUUCGGGCUUCCUCCAACUAGUUCCUCCACCUUUAUUCACCAACGGGGGUGGCCUAUAAGGUGGGGGUUUAUCUGAAGUAGUGGAACCCUCAUUUCCGCUGGUCUCUCCCAUCAUAGCUGGCAUUCCGUACCUCGUUCUCUCUUGCUCGCUUGGCUUCCUAUUAUUGAAUGAUAAUAAUGGGAAGCUGGGAAGCUCCUUCUCCAGAACUGGCUCCAUCACCGGUUGACUCCCUUCAGGAACUACCUUUUUCUUUCCCCUAUCUUUUUCUUCUUCUAAUAGUGGGAAUAAGGGAAUGAUUGGUUCAUUUCUCGUAACAACUUGGCUCAUCCCACUUCCCUGAGCCCCUUUUGGAGUAGAGAACUCCAAAUCAAGUCUUCUCUGUAGAUUCCCCGUUAGUGUACAGAGCCUACUCACUUCUCCUUGGUUUCCAAGGAGAUUCUCUCCAUGCUUUUUAGCACUUGGAUCAUUGUAGCCUGUAGUUCUUCAUUAGUUCCCUUUCCUUCCGAUCUCUCAGAUGCGGUUGGGCUUUCUAGGACCACUUGUCCUGAUGGGGAGGAAGGGUUUUCUGAUUGAUCUACUAUUUGUAGAAGACCUUCCUUCGGAUUCUUUUUGCCAAGUUGAUGGCUUUUCUUUUUGGACAUGCAAGAUUAAGAAGUUUGUGAUCCCACCAGGCGUGCCAAAACUAUGUUCGCGUCAGGAAUUUCCGUCGGGGAUGUUUCCUGGCCGACGAGCACACAGCUCCCCCGGAGGUUGGCGCCGGUUGAGGGCUGCUGUCGGGCUUUUGCUUCA